AUGGCGAGAUCCUUCUAUUUUUGUUUAUUCUUCUUAUUCAUUUCUUCAACAUCAAAGCUAACCACAAGCUAUCCUCUCUCCACAAAGUCACGAUGGAUCGUGGACGAGAAAGGUCAAAGGGUGAAGCUAGCAUGCGUGAACUGGCCGGCUCAUCUCCAGCCCACGGUGGCUGAAGGGCUAAGCAAACAACCAUUAGACUCUAUCUCCAAGAAGAUUGUGUCAAUGGGAUUUAACUGCGUUAGGCUUACUUGGCCUCUUGAUUUGGUGACUAAUGACACAUUGGCUCUUAAAGUUACCGUUAAACAGUCUUUCGAAAGCUUGAAGUUGUUUGAAGAUGUUCUUGGGAUUCAAACUCACAAUCCCAAAUUACUUCAUCUUCCCCUUUUCAAUGCAUUCCAGGAAGUGGUGUCGAACUUAGGAGAAAACGGAGUAAUGGUGAUACUAGAUAACCACUUGACAACGCCAGGCUGGUGCUGCGGCGAUAAUGACCUCGAUGCUUUCUUUGGCUACCCUCACUUUGAUCCCCUCGUCUGGGCCAAGGGCUUGAGGAAGAUGGCUACUCUUUUCCGCAAUUUCACUCACGUUAUUGGCAUGAGCCUUAGGAACGAGCCACGUGGUGCUAGAGAUUACCCUGACCUUUGGUUCAGGCAUAUGCCGCAAGGAGCAGAGGCGGUGCACGCCGCAAACCCUAAAUUACUAGUCAUCCUCUCAGGCAUUGACUUCGAUACAAACCUCUCUUUCCUCCGUGACCGUUCCGUGAACGUCAGCUUCACGGACAAACUUGUCUUCGAGCUCCAUUGGUACAGUUUCUCCGACGGCCGAGAUUCGUGGAGAAAACACAACUCUAAUGAUUUCUGCGUCAAAAUUAUCGAAAAGGUUACACACAACGGAGGAUUCUUGCUUGGAAGAGGCUUUCCUUUGAUCUUGAGUGAGUUUGGGACGGACCAGAGAGGCGGUGACAUGAGCGGAAACCGGUAUAUGAAUUGUUUGGUGGCUUGGGCGGCCGAGAAUGAUUUGGAUUGGGCGGUUUGGGCCUUAACCGGAGAUUAUUAUUUGAGAACCGGACCUGGAUUGCGACCCAACAAGAACCUUCUCUUCCAUCCAUCAACAGGACUCUGCGUCACUAAUAAUCCAUCAGACAAUAUACCAACACUUCGAUUAGGACCAUGCCCUAAAUCCGACCCAUGGACCUUUAAUCCCAGUGAAGGCAUUCUUUGGAUCAACAAAAUGUGCGUCGAAGCUCCAAAUGUUGUUGGACAAAAGGUGAAGCUCGGAGUUGGUACCAAGUGUUCUAAGUUGGGACAAAUCUCAGCUACAAAGAUGCAUUUGUCGUUCAAGACAAGUAAUGGUUUGUUGCUAUGUCUUGACGUAGACGAACGUGACAACAGCGUCGUAGCUAACCGUUGCAAGUUUUUGACCAUGGAUGCUUCUUGUGAUCCAGCGAGCCAAUGGUUCAAAGUUCUUUGA